AUGGGUCCAUCAGAAACAGAAAGUGUUGACAGAGGAUUUCAAAAUCCAGAUUGGGAAACCGAGUUUAACCGCUUCGAACAGGCGAUUUCGUCUGGUCCUGCUCCAGUUCGUAUACGAUUCGUUAUAAAGCUAUCAGAUUUGGCAAAUCAAUUACCGGAGAGUAUUCUAUCCCGUGCAAUCCCUAUCCUCGCCGGUCUUCUUCGCGUCUCCGAUGAUCCCAGUCAUUCCGUUCAGGCGGCUGCCGCCCAUUGCUUGAAACGUAUCGCCUGUCGCGGCGGUGAAGAUGGCGCGUUUGCGGUGGCGAUGGGGAGGUGCGGUGUGAUCGCUGGCUUGCUGGGGUUAUUACUCGAGGCGAAUUCUAAUGGUAAUAAUACGUUCCGAAAGAUUUUGGUGAAAUGUUUGUGGAGUUUAGUUACUUUCGGAUCUUCGAUUCGAAUUGGCUUGGCUAGGUUAGGUGGUUUAGAGGUUGUGAUCCGUGAAUUGAACAAUUGGGAAGACGAUGGAAGUAGAUGGUGUUUGUUAGAGAUCCUUAGUGCUCUGACGACAAUACGAGAGAGCAGACGCGUUCUUAUCCAUACGGGAAGCUUAAAGUUUCUUGUGGAAGCGGCUAAAGUUGGGAACUUGGCGUCGAGAGAGAGAGCUUGUCACGCGAUUGGAUUGAUCGGUGUUACUAGACGAGCUCGGCGAAUGCUGGUCGAAGCGGGAGUGAUUCCAGCGCUUGUGGAUCUGUUUCGAGAUGGUGAUGAAAAGGCAAAGCUUUUAGUUGGUAAUGCCUUAGGGAUCAUAUCGGCACAGACAGAGUAUAUUAGGCCUGUUACGGAAGCUGGUUCGAUUCCUUUGUACGUCGAGCUUCUCUCCGGGAGAGAUCCAAUGGGGAAAGAUAUUGCAGAGGAUGUGUUCUGUAUACUAGCUGUAGCUGAAGGUAAUGCUGUUGUGAUAGCGGAAGAGCUUGUGAGGAUAUUGAGAGAAGGCGAUGAAGAAUCCAAGUUUGCGGCUUCUGAUGUGUUGUGGGAUCUUGCUGGUUAUAGGCACUCUGUUUCUGUUAUUAGAGACUCUGGUGCGAUUCCUUUGAUGGUGGAGCUUGUGAGAGAUGGGUCUCUUGAGUUCAGGGAGAGGAUUUCUGGAGCUAUUUCUCAGUUGAGUUACAAUGAGAAUGACCGUGAGGCCUUUUGUGAUUCGGGUAUGAUACCGAUUCUCAUUGACUGGUUAGAGGAUGAGUCGGAAGAGCUUAGGGAUAACGCAGCUGAGGCGCUUAUUAAGUUCUCUGAAGACCAGAAGCAUUAUGGUAGAGUGCGUGAGGCGAUGGAACAUCCUGUGGUCCAUAGUAUGCAGAGCAGACUUGCUAGAAUCCGAGCCUCCCAUGAACUGAUGGUUAGGUCAAUGCGAAGGGUUACGCUCGAACAUCUUGCCCAUGAUCCACAUUAUAGCUAA